AUGGAGGAAAGUUAUGACAACAAACAUGUUGAGCUUAAUGUCCACAGUGACCUUGGAACAAGUGAAAUGAUGGAGGGCUCGAUAGCAACUCAACUUCAAUCUCAACCUCUAGUGGUAAUGACGCCACCUCUCAAGUUAGAGUCGGAGUCUGAUAGCAGCCAAGAUUAUUAUAAGGUCCCAAAUCUUCUACAACGCAUUCUUAGUCUUUUGAAAAAUAUCCAUCCUGGAGCCGAUCUCACCCACUUUCCGCAUAGAAGGCACGCAGCGACGAUGCACUGUCAAGUGUUGAGCAGCCACGAGAAAGUGCCUCCAACCUUUAACAUCCCAAAGUCAAUGCUUCAAUGCUAUGGCGAGUCGGUAUAUUGUACAGGGAAAGACUUGCUGAGUGAGUGUGCCAAGGGGAAAAGCCCAAUGGAAAGGUUUAUAGGAGUGGUAGCGUGGAGCAUCUCCACCACCCGUCCUCUCAUGUUUGGUGUUUCCCCUUACAAUCCAAUUCUUGGAGAGACUCACCAUGUUUCGAGGGGCUCUCUCAAUGUCCUCCUCGAACAGGGGCAUCAGUUGAAGCUGGGUUUCUGCCGGUGCCGGGGGUUCACUGGGUGGGCUCCAUUCAUUGCCCAGAAACCUCCCUUGCAGCUGACUUGUGUUUUGGAGGGGGUUCUUCUUUUAUUCGUCAUAACCAUAGGUCCAUCAAAGGCAAAAUCUUUUCAAUUACGUCCUCCCCCUCUCCCAACCAGAGCAUAUUUCAAAACUGUGACAAUUAAGGAUGUGAACAAUGGAAAAGAAACGGUGAUUUAUGAUGCCAAGGAAGUGCUUUCAGGUCUGAAAACUCCGGUGCUCAAAGAGUCUGAGAAGGUCUGGACAAGUGAAUCAGCGGCAGUGUGGCAGAGGGAAGCAAAGACAGCGGUUGAGGAAAGGGAGAGAGAGCUAGUAAGAGCCAGAAAGACAAAGGGGGAAACAUGGGUGCCUAAGCAUUUUACACUCUCUUCCACCAAGGAAGCGGGGUUGGAAUGGGAUUGCGUCCCGAACCAGCAGUGGGUCCCACCUGCUCCCAUUUUUGUCCCUAUUUAA